GAGGAUAAAAUUUUUGUCUACACAACCAUGCUUCACAAAACUAGAAAAAGCUCGCGUUGAACGAUGCCCCAAGUUGAAAGGUUUAUUCUCUAUAUCUGCAUAUUCUAAUCAUAAAUGGAGCCACUGAACUAGAAAAGCUUUUUGGAUGUGAACAAGGAGCUUCCAAGAAUUAUUUUUCCCUUCCAAAUCUUAAAACAUUAGAAAUAACGAGAUGUGCAAAAUUGGAAGUGAUCUUUCCUUGGACAAUUUUAAGAUGCCUACCAUAUUUGGAGCGUCUAGAGAUAAUUGAAUGUGAAGAAUUAAAGCAGAUCAUGGAAGAGGACGUGCAGGAUAAAAAAUUGCCCUAUCUUCUUUCUCCACAACCAUGCUUCCCAAAACUAGCAUCAUUGUUUGUUGAUCAAUGCCAAAACUUGAAAGGUUUAUUCUCUGUAUCUGCAUCUAAUGAUCUUCCCAACUUGGAGGCUCUGAUCAUAAAUGGAGCCACUGAACUAGAAGAGCUUAUCGGAUGUGAACAAGGAAAAGGUGAUGAGAUAGGAAAGGCCAAAGUUGAGUUUUCAAAACUCAAACUUUUGAUAUUUAUGCAUCUCUCAACCCUUCGCCAAGGGACAGAAUUCAUGACUGUAAAGCAUCGCUUUGUCCACAAUUGUCCAAAACUAUCUUUGGCUUCAACCAGUACUCUUCAGGAGCUUUAUGAAAAUUUUCCUUAUUCAGAUUUCGAAAACACUACUGAACCUUCACGCUGGAACUUAAGCGGUUUAAUUGAUCAAUUAAUUGAAUCUGAUGAAUUUUCUACAAUCAGCGGUACCAGUGAGUUGCCUUCAUCACAGGUUGAUGAAAAAUCAGAGAAGGGAUUUAUUGGGAAUGUUCCAGGUUCAGAGGUACUACUACUGGAUACUGCAACUUCAACAAAUUCAGAGCUGAAUGGAAGGUCAUCCCCAAGUCCCUUGGAUAUUUGUCAAUGUGGAACACAUUCACAUGAGUUGGUGGAUGGACAAUCAACUGGUGGAUCAUAUUUGACAGACCAACAAAAUCCACUUGGAGAAACUGAAAGUAUCAUUGGAAUUCCUCAGAAUACUGAGGACAUUGGAAAGGAGAUCAUUCAAGAGGGACCUGUAUCAGAGGGACUUAGGAUAAAAACUAUGCCGACUGUUAUAGAAGGCAUUGGAUUGGGUGGUGGUGUUGCAACUCAUACCGAGUCUAGUGGCGAGGACAUACUUGCACAAGAUUCCCAGGUUGUUGUUGAACAAGAUGAUAAGCUGAAUGAAGGCAAGACAGGAACAAUGCCAUGUCAAGAAAUCCAAAUCGAAGAACGGUUGAACCUGACGAAUAAACAAGAUGGAAUAGAUAUUGUUUCUAAUAAGAUCAUUGCGGUUUCUCCGGAUACUCGUACAAGAUUGGAAGCAUAUAAACAAUUUGUUGAUAUGGAUGAUGCACAAAUUGCUCUGCUGGUGGAUGCAAUAGCAACAUAUCCUCAUCUCUGGAAUGCUUGUGAGAAGUUCAGUGAGCGCUUUCAAGCUUGGUUGUUGAAAACUUUGGCAGACAUUUUGUUCCUUCGAAAUGAAAAUGCCGAUAGUGUUACUCCUCAAAGAGAAAAGGAGUUCCAUAAACUAUGCGAUGAAGCUGCUGAACUUGGAUUUGACAGGUCAUGGGUUGAUGAAAUGCGUCAGCGUGUAGUUGCGAGGGAUCCUAAGCUAGAAGAGGACCAAGCACAGGCACAAAUCCAUGAUCUCUUUAAGAGGUCUACUGGUGCAUACGUGGUAUCAGAUUCCAAGGUGUUUGAACAAGGUGAUAGGCAGAUUGAACACUCGAGAGGAACUUCUCCACGUCAGAAGAUCCCAAAUGUUGAUAAGAGCAUCAAAGAAGGAUCUAACUUGAUUGAUAAAGAAAGUGAAAUAGGUGUUGUUUCUAAUGACCACAUUGUUGCUCCGAGAAAUGAAGAACCAGAGAAGGAAUUUGUUGCAAAAGAAUCCACUUCAGAGAUACAAGAAAUAGCAACACCACUGACUAACACACAACUUGUUGAAGGCCAUCUCCUAGUUAUUUGGAUCUCAAAAUAAAACACACUCAAAUGAGUUGGAGAACAGACAAUCGAUGAGUGGAGAAAUUGUAAGUACCGCUGAAAUUCCUCAGUGACUCGAAGAAACACAGGAUUUAAGUUGGCGCUAAAUUAGAGAAAACUGUAACUACAACUUUACAGAGUAAUUCAGAUACGAG